AUGGCCCAAUGCGUACUUUUGGCAUGCCGUCUACAUCAUAGAGAGAAGAUUGCGGGAAACCAGUAUGACGCCCUCAUUUUGGGCGACAGGAGAAGCCAAAUGAGCUAUCGACGUGAAGGACUGACAGGGACUAAGAGAGCUAGCGUCCGCGGGCUUGAGGAUCAGCGACGGCCUCAUCAAGAAUCCAAAACCACCGAUGCGCUUCGCCCCUCCGAUCUGCUGCUAUUCAUCGACUUUCAGCAGCCCCAGCAAUUAGGCCAGGCGCAAGCGCUCACUGGUACCAAGUUAUAG